CGGAGCCAGGCUGCGCGGCCGGUCGGGGAGGUACCCGUUUUUAUCUUCAAAAAACUUCUGAGCGCUUGGUGAUGGCUAUUGUAUAGUGUGCUUAGCACACACAAGAAUUCGCGGGGCGGUCCUGGCACGUGUUAGAUGACUAGGAACUCCUGUUUCACCCUGCUAAGGGUAGGGUGGACCUCUAUGAUUAAUUAUUCUCGGGGUUGUUCUAUCAUGGCUGAGAAUGACACAGACAGAAACCAGGUUGAGAAACUUCUAAAAAGAAUACAAGAACUGGAGCAGGAAGUACAAAGACUUAAGAAAGACCAGGCCAACAACAUCGGAGACUCACACAUUAAAGAAAAUUCUUUAGGAUCUGGAAAGAGUAAGCGUACAUUUGACUUCAGUGCACAUGGCCGAAGACAUGUAGCCCUAAGAAUAGCCUAUCUGGGCUGGGGGUACCAGGGCUUUGCUAGUCAGGAAAACACAAACAAUACCAUUGAAGAGAAACUAUUUGAGGCCUUAACCAAGACGCGAUUAGUAGAAAACAGACAGACCUCCAACUAUCACCGGUGUGGUCGCACAGAUAAAGGAGUUAGUGCCUUCGGCCAGGUUAUUUCUCUUGACCUACGUUCUCAGUUUCCAAGGGGCAAGGAUACAGAAGCUGUUCAUUUAAACAAUGAAACCAAUGAUCCUGCAAAAGAGAUCCGCUACACCCACAUUCUCAAUCGAGUACUCCCUCGGGACAUCCGUGUACUGGCCUGGGCCCCUGUAGAACCUAGCUUCAGUGCUAGGUUCAGCUGUCUAGAACGGACAUACCGAUAUUUCUUCCCUCGUGCUGAUUUAGAUAUUAUAGCCAUGAAUUGUGCAGCUCAGAAGUAUGUUGGCACCCAUGAUUUCAGGAACUUGUGUAAAAUGGAUGUGGCCAAUGGAGUGAUUAAUUUCCAGAGGACGAUUCUGUCUGCUCAGGUGCAGAUAGUGGGCCAGAGCCUGAGUGAGGAGAAGUGGCAAGAACCUUUCCAGUUAUGCCAGUUUGAAGUGACUGGUCAGGCAUUCCUGUAUCAUCAAGUUCGCUGUAUGAUGGCUGUCCUCUUUCUGAUUGGCCAAGGAAUGGAGAAGCCAGAAGUUAUUGAUGAAUUGCUGAACAUAGAGAAAAAUCCCCAGAAACCUCAAUACAGUAUGGCUGUGGAAUUUCCUCUAGUCUUGUACGACUGUAAGUUUGAAAAUAUCCAUUGGAUCUAUGAUCAGGAGGUUCAGGAAUUCAAUGUUACCCAUCUACAACAACUCUGGGCCAGUCACGCAGUUAAGACCCACAUGCUGUAUAGCAUGCUACAAGGACUGGACUCUGUUACCUUGCCCUGUGGGACAGGACCAGGUAUGGAUGAUGCAACAGAAUGGAAAGACACCAAGCCCCCUAUCAUAAAGCAGACCAGUGCCUUCAUAGAAGGAAUAAAAAUGCGCACGUACAGGCCCCUCAUGGAUCGUCCUAAAUGCCAAGGAUUGGAAUCCCGGAUCCAGCAUUUUGUACGUAGAGGACGCAUUGAGUACCCACAUUUACUCCAUAAGGAUGAAACAAAAACCAGAAGAGACUGUAAUGACAAACUAGAGGAAGAGAAUACUAUUUUGGAGAAACCAACAAAGAGAGUCUGUGUUGAUGCAGAAAUUAAAAACAUAAGUUAAUCAUGUAUGUAGAUAGAAAGUACAUACAAAAAGUUUCAUUGCAAGAAGUCUUAGGGAUUCUGAUCACUUUUUUAAGUAAAAGUAAGGCCUGAUAAAGGAAAUUCUGACAUGACAAGACUUAAAACAUUGUAUUGUCACAGUCCAAAAGUAUUAAGAGAUGGAAGAAAAAAGUCAUCGCAAAUUAUUUAUAUGUGGGCACUUAUGUUCAAAUUCAUUAUUUUUAUGUGUGCCUUAUGUUCAAAUUCAUUAAAACCUGUGGCAAGUA